AUGGCGCCGCCGAAGAGUGAGGGAGAAGGGAAGCCGAAAUCGACGACGGUGACUACGCCGACAACAAGGCGGACUCGGAGCAUGGACCGGAAGACUCGUAGCCAGUCUCAGGGCAAGUCGCCUGGCUCUUCAUCCUCCUCCAAGCUGAUGACCUACGAGUCUCCCGAGAAGAAGAAGAGGAAGCCGAAAGCCAAGGAGACUGGAGCUGCGAGUAAGAAGAUCAAGGUGGAGGACGAGGAGGAUGAGCCAGCUGUCGAAGAGUCCAAGAAGCCGGAGGAAGGAGAUGACGUCGCUGCAGAAGAGGAAGGAGACGACGUCGCUGCGGAAGAAGGAGACGACGACGACGGCGCUGAGCACAAGAAGAUCGCGAUCGAGCACUGCAAACAAUGCAAGUCUUUCAAGGAGAGGGCCAACGAGGUGAAGGAGGGUCUCGAGAAAGCUGUUCCUGGCAUCAUUGUCACUCUCAAUGCUGAUAAGCCAAGGCGUGGUUGCUUUGAGAUUCGUGAGGAAGGUGGUGAAACGUUUGUCAGUCUCUUGGAUAUGAAGCGCCCGUUUAAGGAGAUGAAGGAUCUUGAUAUGGAACAGGUCAUUGCAGAGAUCGUCGAGAAGCUUAAAUGA